CCGCAAGACUGUCCUCUGGAAAGAGAAGAUUUAGGUAGAAACACGUGGUCUCUGUUGCAUACGUUGGCCGCCUACAUUCCAGAUGAAACUUCCAAAGAAGAUAAAGAGGACUUGAAACAUUUCAUGGCCACACUGGGAAAGUUUUAUCCGUGCGAUGUUUGCGCUAACGAGCUCGCUAGCAGGCCUAUGGUUUUAAAACAAAAUCCGCCAGAUGUCAGGUCGAGGAAUGACUUUUGCCAAUGGAUGUGCAGACUACACAACAGUGUUAACGAACGCUUAGGAAAACCCUUAUUUGAUUGCAGUAAAGUCGAUGAAAGGUGGAAAGAUGGAUGGAAGGAUGGAAGAUGUGAUUGA